AUAUAAAACGAGGGUAUAGAGCGUCGUUCCCAGGCCAAUCAAUUUUCGGUGCGUGGUUUCGGGGCUAGGGUUUGCGGGAGAAGAAGACACGGUGCGAAGAUGAUCGAGGUGGUGCUCAACGAUCGUCUCGGGAAGAAGGUGCGGGUGAAGUGCAACGAAGACGACACCAUCGGAGACCUGAAGAAGCUGGUGGCUGCGCAGACGGGAACCCGACCCGAUAAAAUCCGGAUCCAGAAGUGGUACAACGUCUACAAGGACCACAUCACCCUCCAGGACUACGAGAUCCAUGACGGCAUGGGACUCGAGCUCUAUUACAACUAAUAAGAACCUCGCCCAAUCGAUCUUCAAUCCGUAUGUAAUCCCGUCUCUUUCAUCCUUUCUGUUUUGAAAUAAUAAUUCUAAUUGCGAUCCCAAUGUCCUGUAAUUGGAUUGUAUAAAGCUCUGUUUUGAUGUUCUUGCGGUUGAAUUUCAUGAUUGUUCUGCGAUUCUGCUUGGCUUGUUAUCCCUAGAAAUUUGAUCCUUUAUUGUGUUGUGUUGUUCUACUGAUCUUCUAUGCUUGAUCAACAGAUUUUUUGCCAAUUUUCAUACAAGUAUGUGAUUAUGAUAAUUAUUAACUUCUCAGAUGCUUUGUUCUAAAUG